UUUGUGACUGUGAAUUAUAUAGACAAAAUAAUUACUGAAACAAAUAUUAUUGAGCAUAUUUUUUUAAAACAAUAUAUAUUUACAAAGGAAUAUCCGAUCUACUAUAUACACUAUUAUUUAAAAAUAAUGAAUCAAAGUAAUUCAGAGAUACAACAGAGUGGCUUACUUUUAACUCCACAAAUGGCCUUUGCCCCAGAUGUCAAUAUGUGUGAGGAAAUUGUAGAUGCUAUACCCCGCAUGUCUCCAGUACAAAUUCAACAAGAGUACUAUGAAAAUCUGCCUGAUUGUGAUUGGGUCCAUUAUGAGAAAAGUAACAGAAACUACUUGUUACAAAAUAUUGCUUUUGCUUUAUUUGGAGGACCAAGCAGCGAGGGAGAAUUGGCGGCACUACCCAGUAAUCAAUUUGCACAUCUGGAGGGAUACACAUCAAGACAAAAAGAGCAAGUUAUGAAAAUAUUUCAGAAAGUGUCUGAACAGAGUAAAUAUUCACAAAAUAAUGAAGACAUUCUACUGUCAGUAUUACUGGUAGUAUGUGCGAAACCGAAACCUAUAAAGUUCUAUGAAUUUGAGCCGUCCAAUUAUUGGCUUGAUCUGCAUCAGCGGACUGAUAUCGAUAUGUGGUGUACACCUGUGUUUAGAGUAAGGAAAUGUAUUCCUACCACUGUUGGUGCUAAGUGUUGCAAAGUUUAUAUAGAUGAUAAUGGAAGAGUAUAUUAUGAUUGGGAAUCUUAUAUAAUGAACAAUACACAACCUAAAUGUGUACUUAUUGUGCCUGAAAAUGGUGAAUAUAAUGGGACCAUUAUAGAGGAAGAAAAAGCAUUCGCUGUGAGAUUGACGGUCGUACCAUCGCCUACACUUGGUAUAAAGGCACGAGUGCUUAGUUCAGCGGACACUGCCAGUACUGUCGCGUCAAUAGGCGCUCUCGGUGUUCUGGGCGUAGCAGCGUUUACCCCGGUGGGUCCCGCAGUGCUAGCAGGCGCUGCUGUGGCGUCAGUUGCUACCGGAGUGUACGGCCUAAUGCGCUCGUCUCUGCAUCUGAGAGAUAGAAGUGUCCAUGAACAGACAAUCAGCCCGACGGACGCAGAAGCUCGCGGUAGCUGGCUGAAUAUCGCAGCGUCAAGCGUGGGUCUUGCCGCCGGUGCAGCUUCAAAUAUGCUGUCUCGCUCCGCUGCAGCCGGGACUAAUCUCACUAAGACGGGACAAGCUCUUGCGGUGUCUGUGGAAGUUCUUCGACAUGCAAACUUGGUUACUGGCGGUGCUGGAGUCGUCAACAGUCUUGUGCAUAUAAUUUCAAAGUAUCAAAUACACGGCGAGAAACCAACAAAAUUAGAAUUGUUCCAAUUCACGGCAGCCACCUUGUUCUUCUGUAACGCUGUUAUGUCCAAUCGCACUGCUCAGAGCAUUAUCGAGGAGGCUCAGGCCACUACUAUAAAUAAUUAUCGUGCCAAUCUACGGAGUAACAGACACAGGAGAAUAUUCGACAAGCUGAGUGCUGAAUCUAGAAGAACUCAAGGCAAUGUUCAAGGAAACACUGAAGUCAUUAGAGGAAUAAAGAACAUUGUAGACAAAGAUCAAUAUUUCGCAGAUGUAUUGAGAAUAAAUAAAGAUGUGAAUGAACACAAACUAAGAAUUUCAAUGACAGCUGAUGGCAACGUCAAUAUAAAUUCUCAACACAAAUUCCAUCCUUCGCAAUUGGCUAACAUUGCUAAAGAAGAGAGAACCCAAUUAUUUACCACAUUAGGUCCAGCAACUGUCGAUUCUGGUAAUGUACCCACACGGAUCGUAACUUCCACAACUGCUAUUGGACCACGCAUUAAUGGCGAAGAAGAGAGUAACAUAAUGGUGGGCAUACAUCCUGGCGAAGUAUUACGUAUCGGCACAUUAUUAGUACGGGUUAGCGCGUCUGGUGCAGAAAAUAUUGCGUUGCUUCUAGAAAAUCUUAGCCAAGAUGUUUACGCGAAUUUGAUGACUGUCACAUUCAAUAUGCUGUCUAAACUACUACCAGAAGAAAUAGCAAAAUUACGAUUGCUUAGCCCAGAGGAAGACCUAAUCGUUCAAGUAGUAAAAUUUGUCUUCAACUAUAUGAAGCAUGAGAGGCCUCUAGGAGAUGUUUGUCAAGAAACUGAUAAUGGAAUCUGUAUUGUAUUAAAACAGUUUUUCCAGGAGGGAGUUGUACGCCAAGACACUAUUCUGUUCCUGAAGAACCGUCUUAUGGAGUGGAUUGAUGAAGAAAUUGAUAAAAUAAGUCAGAUUUACCCCAGUAAGAAUCAAAUAAUUUGUUCCAUUUGUGAAGGUGUAAGGUUCGCUUGAUGUAUUGAUUCAAUCAUUACCUUGCAAACACAAAUUAACGGACAUUAAAGAUCUAAGGUGCAGUAUGAGCUUUGAUAUUUUAAAAAUUUAUGUAAGUAAUUAUUGUUUUCUGUUAAUAUUAAACAACAAUUUAAACCUUAAUCUUAUUGAUUAGAGAGUAGUUGAUUAGAAGGCACGUAAUUUAGACUAUGGCCUUAUGUAAUCAAUUAGAAGAUAUACACAUAUAUCUAUAGAUAUACACAUAUGUCUACAAUGAAUUGAACAACACAAAGCAUAUUUGAAGUAUAAUAUGUUAGCUUAUUAAGUUGCUUUUGUGAAAAAAUUAUCUUAAAAUAAAAUUUUAUGUAAUACACACAAUUUAUUGUGAUUCAGAAAUUUUUCACUAUUCAUAGACAACUUGGUUAAAAAUAUUCUUUACAAGAUGUAGUCACAUCGUAAUUAAUCGUAGAUAAUUUAAUAUUACAGAAUGAUAUUGAGAUAUUACCACAAAACGAAGAUACAUAUGUAUAAACAUAAGAAAAAUAAUACAUAUCAAUUUUACUGAAAUUUAUAUACCUUUAAAUAUUUUUAUUUUUUAUAAAUAUUAAUGAAGACACAAGCCGUGCCUUAUAGAAGAGUAUAACAAUAAGAAAAAAAUAUAGUACCUUUUAAAUUGAUCUUUCAUUGAGUUCACGAAGAUAAAUUCUUAAACAUAUUCUACUAGUCAUUUUUGUACAUAACAUUGUGUGAAUAUUUUGUACAAUAAAAAAAAUAUUAGAAGUAAACAAGCUUCAUAAUUUUUGUUAUACACGAUGUGCUCCUUAGAGAAUGUUGUUAUGUUUAAUUUAUGUUCCAGAUGGAAUUCAGACUGUUAUACUUCGUCUUUUAAUCCUCUUAUGUGAUAUAUAUUUUUUAAAUGGCAUGUUAUAAGUAAACUAUAA